CUUAAAAGCUGCGAAGAGACUUCAACACGAAGACGCCAGCUGGGAAAGGAGAAGGCUCCGGCGACUGGCAGGCAAGCUCCCAAAGGGUACGCGAGUGCUCCGCCAUUAUUAUUAUUUUUUAGUGCAUGAUAAUUUUUUCUCAAUAACUUUUACGAAACUGGCUGCUGUAUUGAAAAAUCCUCUACAGUUCAAGAUUCGAUCACAGUAGCACUUAACAUUGUCAACAUAUUCAAAUAUUUUUGAAACCAAUCAGUUACGUACUGUGUAAAGUAAUUGGACGAUACCAAGAUGAAAAUGUACUCUGAGAUUUUAGCUAUAAAUGCUUGGUGAGUUGUAGCCUUUCAUGAAAUCGACAUUAAAAAAAAAACAAACAGUGCGAAUAACUAGCUAGUCGACCAACGUGGUCAGUCACCCCACUGUCAAAUAUGAAAAUAUUCAUGUAUGGGGCUAGUUGUUUCAGUUUUCGGCUAGCUAUUUACUGAGUCCUUGCUCUUGGUACUGGCAGUUAAUAGCCGGGUCAUCAUUAACUUUUUCUUGUUUUUCCUAAAGCAUUACGUUAAUUUUCGGAACAUGUUUAAGCGCAUUUAAUUUUAACGAAAUAGCCUUAACUUAAAUAGAUGGUAAGACUGCCUUCGUCAUCCCUCGACUUUUCAGCAUGAUCAGUAAAUAUGGGAUAUACUACUGUUCAAGCACGAAUCAAAGCUUUCUAUGUUCUCUAAACCUAAGCUUUCUUUUUGCUGUGCGUUUGCUUGGAGAUUCAGGAACGAUAAAAACUCUGUUGUUAAACAGUACGGCCAUAACGACCGUCAAUCUAUUUGCUAAACAUUUUCAUGUUGUCAUAGUGCUUACAAUAUUAAAGGGCGCUUUUAAGGGGAAAAAGAGAGCUUAUAACAAAAUUAAAGUGCUCUUCAGUGAAUUUGCAAAUUUUUGCUCAUCCAUUUAAACUGAUUUAGCUUUUAUCUCGCCAGCUGUAUCGCAUAUCUCGGCAACAAAUUAAAUAAACCUAAUUCGGUAACUGAAAAGUAAAAGUGUGUAUAUGUUUUUAAUACUUUAUUUGCUAACACUAAGCUUUUAACUCGUCGGAUGAGGAAAUGGCCUGUGCUCCAUUUUUGACAAACAGGGCUUUUAACAUUGAUAUGGAUAAAUUAUUGUGUUAUAAACUUUGAAAUAUUUUGUAUUUUAAGCCGAGAAAUGUAUUAGAAGAUAUUUGGCAAGUCAAUUUUCACAAAUUUAUUCUCGUCACCCCGAGUAGUAAACAUGUUAAUUCGUAUUUGAAAUAUGGAAAUUCACGAAAAAUCAAAAAAAUUCACUGAACAUGUUUCAAAAGUUGUUCUGGAGUUCUCAGUAAUUGAGGCCGCCCUGUUUCUUUUUCUUUGUCAUUUUGAAGUUAUGUUCGCAAUAGAACCCUGCUAAUACGACCAUCGCAGUGCUGAUAGCCAUGCAAAUCUGGUCGUAUAAUUAAAUGGGGUAUAUGAUAUUUUUACAUCGUCAUACAGUCACAUUGUAAUAAGCCUUUUCUAAACGAGAAAUACGUGUCUCGCAAACCCUCGCGGAACCGACGGAGCGCUUAACUUUUAGUGUCAAUUUGUCUGGAAAAUCCGUUUCCUUUGCUCUAUAUAAGUCUGAACUUCUGCUAAAUUUGUUAUUCUUGGUAUGGAUUCGAUAUUUGUUAAAGUGUUUUUCUUUGUAAGUAAAAUUCUUGCUUUUAGAGCUAGGCCCUCUUUGCUACUCUCCUUUACAAGUCUGAACUUUUGCUUAAUUUGUUAUUCUUGCUAUUCUUGCGAUAUUUGUUAGCGUGUUUUGUUGUUGUUGAAUGAAAAUUCUUGUCACUUUUGCGAUUUGUGCGAAAUUUGCAGGCUUCUAGAGGACCUUCUUUACCUUUCUUCUUUAUAUAAAAAAAGUCAAAAUUUUUGCUAAAUUUUUAUUAUUGUUCUUAUUCUUGCGGUGCAUUUUGUUAGCGUUUUUGUUGUUGUUGUUGUUGUUGUUGUUGAUGUUAUUGCAACAAAAUAUUCUUGUUACUUUUUCAAUUUUUGCGACGUUUGCGGACUUCUUUAGGACCUUCUUUACCUUUUUCUUUAUAAGUCUGAACUUUUGCUUAGUUGCUAUUCUUGUUAUUCUUGCGACUUUUAUCAGGUUUUUUUUGUUGCAAUGAAAGUUCUUGUUACUUUUGCGAUUUUUGCAGACUUCUUUUCAUUAGAUUUCUGCAAGCAGUUUCUAUCAAACAUGUUUUUUCUACAGCUUUCAAUCCUUGUUGAAUUUGUUAUUCUUGCUAUAUUUGCUAUUAUUUUUCUUCUAUACAUUUCUGACAACAGUUUCCUUAAAUCUUUUUUUGCCAAAAUUGCGAAGACAAUUUGUUAGCAAUUUUUUGCGACAGUGCUCAAUCCUGGACAUAGGUGUGUACUUCUAAAAACCUUUGUUAAGGGAUGGAAUAUAACAAAGGAUCUAAGUGUCACUAUUUCUCAUUGGUCUUUUCAGUGUCAACGGGUUGGUCUUAAACCGAGGUUUCACAUGGGCACUUUAAGACUAACCAGUGGCUGAUUCAGACCUUCAGAUAAGGGGGGUGGUCAUCCAGACCCUGAGAUAAGGGAGGGGCGGGCCCCCCGGGCCCCUCCCCUUGAUCCACAACUGCUAACUCAUGCUCUUUUGAACCACGGGAAAUUGAAAUAUUUUCCUCCGUUACCUCGCCUGCCGACCUGAUCUGCCUUGAUUGAGUCUAUUCUACUAUUUCCAGUUUUCCAUUGACAGACAUAAAACCUUUCUCUUUUAGGUAAAUAGAAUGACAGCGCUAGCGUCUACGUUUGCUCCGACAGUCACUGUUAAAGUUUACAAAAAUGGGAACCCCAACUUUCUGGGCAAGACGAUGGUCAUCAACAGGCGUCGCAUCCGUUCCAUGGAGGCUUUGUAUGAUGAGAUCACCUUGCGUUUAUCCGCGUUCAACGCCGUGCGAAAAAUUUGCACGCCAAUCGGUGGGCGUCCCGUGCAAAAUCUUGAAGGCAUUCAGAACAAAAGCGUGUACGUAGCUGCCGGGAGAGAAGAAUUUAAAAAGCUGAACUAUGCAGAUCUGGGUACCUUGAAGCCACGCCCGCCCCGAAAAGGGAACUUUUCCCCCAAGAAAAUUGUAACCGAGGGAAGACAUAAGAUGGAUUACGAGUGGGGAAAACGCGAUCUGAAAAUCUUACACGUUUUCUGUAAUGGGGAUGUUUUCAAGCCAAGUGUGAAAAUCGUUCUUCAAAAGCGGCUGCAACAGAGUAUGGAACAGAUUUUGAACAUUGUACAGGACCAUGUUGUUUUGGCGGCAGCCAUUGCUGCGUUGUAUACAGUUGAUGGAAAGCUUGUGUUUACUCCUGGUGAGCUGGUCACCGGCGGACUCUACGUCGCGGUAGAACGAGGAAAGCCUUUUAAACGUGAAAAUUACGGUGGAAGUACCUUUGUUUCGAGAAGCCCUCGUGUAGCAUUUUUACCCCCUAUCGGCAACGGACAGUUGAUACAAACCGGGGCGCAACGUUUGACGAAAAAACAUGGAACUAGGAAAAAACGGCAAAAAACGAAAGCUAAUGGUGAAAGCAAAACCAACGGACAAUCAAGUGAUCAAUCAUUUGAUACGAACGUCAUGUCCGUUACAUCUCCCAAUGACACUAAUCCAAUCUCUUCCCCACACCCUCCAAUCUCCCAUGCUCUGCUCCGCGCGAGUGUAUCUCAGGACCUUGAGAGCGUGAAUAAUUUCACGAUAUCGUCUUCACCACCUAGAUGGCUAGAAGACGACUCACCUAUACCCGAAGACACGUCCUUAGAAAAAACAGAUAAUGACAAAGACGAAGGCUUCAGGGUCGGGAGCGUGUUCAAGGCCAGCGGAAUGCUACAAGAGGAAGCGGAUGAAAUAAAGGAUAUGCGCCAGACAAAGAAAAAGAAACCGCUUGAUACACUUCCGGCGGAAGAAGUUAUGGAGGAAGUGGUUGAGCAAAUUGAGAACACUGGGGCGACAAUUUCUGACGAAAGUCCCCGUAGGGGUGAUCAAAGUAAUGACGAAGGUGAAAAUCACCUUGAAAUCACAGACGAUUCCAACGUUGAACAAUUUGUCGGUGAAGUGAUUCAGAGUCAGAUACAGGUUUUGCAAGAUAAUGCCCCUAGAGAUGAAUUUAAUUCGAAAUCUGAAGCUGAGUCUACUAACAAGAACACGAGUUCUGGCAAACCGCGAAAAGAGAAAAACCAAGAAAAGAACGAUAAGUCUUCAUCAAAGUCGAAAGCUCGUAACAGCAGAGGCAGCAGAGCAAGCCAUGACGCAACACCGAGCAAAACAAAGAAGUAA